AUGCUGUCUGGAAAAAUGAAAAAAAAAUUAAAAGAAAUGAUGCGGCUAGUGAGAAAAGAGGUCGAGCGAGAGUGUACACAUUUAUGCUCCAAGAAGAAUCCCAGUUGUUUGAGAAAGACAGACAAAGGACUGGAUUUUUCUAUGGAGAAACUCUGUUCAGAGGUAGAGGACAGGGCACCAAUGCUACACACCGUUUUGUCAGCUGCUGCUAUCAAUAGAAGAAGUAGAACUGAAACUGUAACUCAAGCUGCUAGAUUUGGUGCUGUUGGGAUGGCUGCUGCUGUGUGCCUCAGAAACCAAUCGAGAUACAUGACUGCAGUGCAGUUUCUGAUCACUAAUAUCCCACAUCAUUCAAAAUGGCUGGUAUGUACUAAGAUUUUUACUUCUAGCAUGUUUUGCAGCCUGUCACGUUGUUAUAGAUGCUUUGCAUAAUUCCAACUUCCGGUUUCCGGUUGCACGAAAGCGAGGCUUAGGAUGUAUCUUUGACCACGCUGUACUGUGAUAACUGACACAACUAGAAGAUCUGGAAGUACUGAUAGUCUUCUUAGGAUAAACCUAUAUUUUGCAAGCUUAGUGUCAUAUAGAAUUGACGAGCUUAACUUUUGGCUGAAAUGUUGGGGAAAGCAGCGUGCAUUCAAAGGUAAGUCUACAAUGAUCAUGUCUAUCAAUAGUGAAGAAGAAUUUAGACGAGGUAAGGUUUAAACUUGCUGACAAACCGCUCUACUGUUGUUGACUGAUUAAAUACUCAAUGUGAGGCUAAAUUUAGUCCGUAAAAAUUACAUAACAGAUCUGCGUGAGCGUUCUUUAAUUCAUUUAUACCUUUCUUUUCUCAUAAUAUUUACUAUUUUCCAACGUAUUUAAUGUAUAAUGGGACUAAUUUUUUACAGGAAAUUACAAGACCUUCUCCUCAGAUGUGGAGCGUCCUUGGAAUAGAAGUUUGGAUGGUUUGGAUGGCGUUUUUAAAGACUCUGGAAAAACGGCUAAGUUGAAUAAGAAAACUGAACAACUGUUACAUGACAAUUUCCAUGAAGAUCACUUUUUUUUAUGUUCGAGCCAUUUGUGGAGCUAGCUACAGAAAGGAAAAUCACAAACUAUGCUUUACAAUAAAAAGUCAUCUUCAGCUGUUAAAUAUGCUUACUGUACAUGUAGAGCUGGCAAAGGAGGUUGGUGUAAUCAUGUUUAUGCACUAAUGAAGGUCAUUGCCAAAUUUUAUUUGGAAGAAUCGAAGUGCAUCCCUGAGCUUCCACCCUGUACUUUAAAACAUCUGGCUGGACAGUGCCACGAAAGCGGCAACAGAAUAUCUCUAAAUCUUCAGUUGUGGACACCACAGUAAAAAAAAAGCCAGAAUCCAUGGGAGUUGCGUGCAAUUUGCUAGAGCAGAACAUCUGAAACAACUUAAUUUUGAUUCAUUAAGUCAGUGUCAAAUUGAACUGGCAAAGGUUAAUCCCAUGAUCCCUUUUGUGAAUCCCAUCCGCAAGAAAAAAGAUAUUCUUGCAAUUGAUUAUAAGGAAACAAAGUAUGGUAGAUACCCAUCUUUUUCACCACUUUCACAACAAUUACCAAUUUAUGGAGAAAAUUUUCAAGUGUAUUACUCGGUUGACCCAACGAUAGAUCAAGGAACCGUUUGAUUUAAUUCAAGAAUAUCCUUCCUUUCCUCACGAGGAAGUCCCGGUUUACUAUGAAAUUGGUCAACAUCAAUUAAAAGAUGAGGAACUCCUUGUCUUUGAUGAUUUGGAUUUAUCAGAUACAGACUCCUAAUCUUUACAGAGAGACACAAGAGACCAAGCGAAUUCUCCUAUUUGGAUGGAGCAGCAAAAAACAGGGCGACUGCUUCCAAGUUUUAUGAAGUUUACAGUUGGAAGAGAGGGAAAGAAAGGCAUGCAGAAAACUUUGCUUCUGGGGGCUCAACUCCAUCAACAUUUGUGCAAAGAAAAUUGGACCAUGAUAAAAUGUACAAGUCAGUUGCUUGGAGAAUAUACCUUGAGUGUUUUGCUUCACUUGGACAGGAUGUGAAAGUUUUGCCCUGUGGAUUAGUGGUAAAUGUUACUAGUAGAUGGUUAGGCUGCUCACCUGAUGCGAAAUUACUGUUCCCCAAUAAAGUUGGUAUUGGAGAGUCCAAAUGACCGAAUGAUCAAAGAGACAGUGACCUCAUGGAUGUGGCACAGGCCAAUAAAGAUUUUUACUUUGAAGCUGUAGGAAAUAGUUUACAUUUAAACCAAGAACAUCCGUACUAUUUCAAGUUCAAUGUCAGCUGGCAUUAACUAGUCAGCUAUGUUCAAUGACUGUUGUUUAUACACAUAAAAGUCUUUAUAUUGAACGUUUUACUCUUAAUGAACAAUUCUGGAAAGAUGCCCUUACAAAGGUUAACAACAAUUAUUUUUCCUUCAUCUUUCUAAAGAUAGUUGGUAAUUAAGAGUGUGAAAUUAUCUUCAGCAACACCCCUUAGAAUAAGGUCGCAUAAUAGAAUACUGUAUGGAUAAUUAUGUUACUGUCACCAAAAACAAAACAAAAACAGAUUUUAAGAAUGAAACACAUUUUAAGAAUAAUACUAGCCCAUGAACUAUAACUUUUACUGUUAUAAACUUUUACCCUGCAUUUUUUGUUAACACAUUGAUAUUGUUUAGCAAUAAUUACAUUUUGGUUACUGUAGAAAGAUAAAAGUGGUACACUUAAGUCUGACACCUCCACUUAGAUUCCACCACAGUUUGGCGCUCAGGUCAAUAGUGAUUUACUUAUUUUCCAUUUGCCACACAGAAUAAACAUUACAGAAAGAAAAUGAAAGAUAUAUAUAUACUAUUACUAACAUUGCACAAUUUACAGGACAGGAAAAGCUACAAAAAAGAGUUCAAAAUUAAAUGUAAUAUCAAGUGACUUAACUUUUGUAAUAGACAGAGUGGCGAGGAAGCCCAGUGGAAGCUAAAUAGCUUCUAGAAAUUGGGCUCCUCAUACUUGAUUAUGAUUUAAUGUAAGCUGCCAUAUCAUGGUCAGGCGAGUUUGAUUUAUAGCUCUCUCGAUGAGGCAUUUUUUUUAAUGAAGUCUUGAAACUAGCCUGAUUCUCAGACGUCCGAGGUCGUUCGCGGUCCCUUUCGCUUCCCUCCCUCUCCUGUCGGAUAUACUCUGGGCGAAGUCGUGUUCGUGACGUCAGAGUCAUUGUCGAUUUUCACCAAUCAGAGCGCGUGUACCAUAUUUCGAGAAGUGUGGAAUGUAUGGAAUGUAAUUUCCCACACAUCGAGUCAAAUCAAAAUGGCGGAAGAUGUGAAGGUUUCGAUUCAGCCGUGCAAAACGCUUGCCAAGUUUUUGGCAUGGAAACACUGUUCCCCGAGCAGUUCAAAGCGCUCAAAACGUUUGCUUAUGGUACUGACGUCCUUCUAAACUUGCCAACGGGGUUUGGAAAGUCUCUUGUGUUCCAGAUGGCUCCUUUAGUUCAUGCCGAGUUAUCACGAGGCCGCGAUGGAUUUGCAGCGAACCCAGUAAUAAUUAUAAUAUCCCCUUUAGUGAGCCUUACGGAAGAUCAAACAAGUUACUUACGGAAAUGUGGCAUCUCAGCUUGCUCGAUAGGAGAGGAUAAGGUACUUGACAUGAGGACUGAGAAAGGAGAGUGUUGCGUGGUAUUUUCCUCGCCGGAAUCCUUAUUAGGAAAUGGUACGUGGCGAAGCAUGUUAUCUUCUGACGUUUACCAGAAGAAUUUAAUUGGCAUCGUUGUGGACGAAGCACAUUGUAUUAGCCAUUGGUAAGCAAUAUUUUUGCUUUUUUAAUUUGACACCCGAACAACUUUAGGUCUAUCAUUUAUAAUAACCUUAAGCGAGGGAAAAAAUAAUUGUAGCAACGAUAGAACAGUAGUGAGCUUAUCUGAGAGCAAAGUUCUUCACAAUCUUCAACAGAAACAUACAUGGAAAGAAAGAGGGCACUAUCAUUAUUUUUUUUUUUUUUACUUUUACAGGGGAACUUCCAAGAGUAAAGAGGCAAUGGCCUUUAGAAGAUGGUUCUACAAAUUAAGCGAGUUGUGUUCUUUGGUACCAAAUAAAAUUCCGUUCAUGGCUGUAACUGCCACAGCAACAAGACAGACAAAGGAAACGAUAACUUCUGUCCUUCGAUUUGGAAAAUUUGUUGAAGUAUCUGAAAGCCCAAACAAGGCAAAUAUUUGUUACAGUGUCCAAACCAUGGAUAAGCGUAAUCCCCUCAUUCAAUAUUUCCAGUGGAUAAUGAAUGAACUGAAAGAGAAGAGGGGCGGAACAGAAAGAACAAUUAUAUAUUGCCAAACCAUUAAGCAGUGUUCAACAUUGUAUUCCCUCUUUGCACAAGAAAUGGGUGACUCCAUAUUUACCAAUGACAACAAAGAUCCCAGAAAUCGUGUAGUUGAAAUGCUGCAUGCCCUUUCUUCAAAGUCAAUCAAAGAGGUUGUUUUAGAAGAAAUGGGACAGGAAACUGGCUGCAUUCGAGUACUCAUCUGUACAAUAGCCUUCGGCAUGGGAGUUAACUGUAAAGGGGUCGAAAGAAUAAUCCACUUGGGGCCGUCAAAGUCUGUGGAGGCCUACAUUCAGGAGAGUGGAAGGGCAGGUAGGGAUGGAAGCCCGAGUAAAGCCCUUCAGCUAUACCAGCCACUGAUGCUUCUUCAUGUUGAAAAAGACAUGAAAGACUCUGUUAAAGGCAAAUAUACCUGCAGACGUGCAUUUCUAAUGGGCCAUUUUGAUCAAAAGGGUGGAAAGCCUCAAAGUGACACUCAAAGUGAUUUUGUUUGCUGUGACCUUUGUUCUAAGGAUGAAAAUUUGAAAGUUCCUAUUUCAGCACCUGCCCCUUAUGCUGGAAAGACACGUACAGUUUCCACUUCACAGAAAGCCACUUUGAAAGGAAAGCUCAUAAGAUUAAGGAAAUCACUUUUGGUGGAGCUGUUACAUCAAUCUCCGAAAGGAGGAUUACCAGUUGCAUCUGUUCCUGAAUUGUUAAUUGGGUUCUCAGACUCUCAGAUUGCUCAAGUUUUGGAAAACUGUGACAAGAUAUUCAGCAUUUCUGACAUCAAGGCAAAUGUUGAAAUCUGGAAAGAAAGGCAUGCAUAUGCAAUUAUGGACACUUUGGCAGAGGUCUUCCAAGAUUUAAGUCACGAUGCAGGGCAAGCAUAUGACUGUCAAAAUUACUUUGAUGGAGAUGAUGAAGAAGAUGAUGACUGGGAUGCAUUGUUCGAUGAUGUGGAGUUAAUGGAUGUGGACUGGGACAACUUCUCUGCUAGUAACAUAUUAUAUGAUGAUUCCACCUUUGUAGAGGAAAGUCAAGAUUUUGAAAGCAGUGAUAUGCAUAUUCCCGAACUGGAUGAUCUGAUUGACAAAGUUCAAAUAGAGUGAAUUAACAUUUCUAGUAAGUUAAGCUUGUUCUUGAUAUGUGGUGUUCUAUUUUGCCAACUAUUGUCACAAACUUAGACAUCUCUCUUCUUAGGCUGUUUAUCUCUUUAGAUGAAAAUUUACCUUUGUUUGUUCAUUGGGUUAUGUAAAUUAUAAAGUAAUAAGUACAUUUGUACUCGUGGUGUUUUAUCAUACCUAUUUGACUUUAAUUUGAUAAAGUAAAACCCUUUAACUUACAGAACCUGCAUUUCCCUAGUUACACUGUAGCCUAAACAGGUUCUUACAUAAAUGGUAAUUUAGCACAAAUUUAGGGUAUUAAGGUUCUUAUUUUCUGAAGGAAAAAAUACAUUGUUAGCUAAAAGUAUUAAUUCUUGUUUCAUUGAACAAUGCAAACAGAUCUUUGUAGAGAGGGGGCCUACAUGUAACUGGCAAAUUUUAGCCUAACAGGUGCUUAAAAACCAGUUUCUCAGUUGCAGGUUUUUACUGUUUGGUACUCUUUAUACCAUAUAAUGUAGAAAGUAAAAGAAGGAUGAAAUGAGAUGAGGAGUUAAUCUAUCACAAAUUAAUUGUAGUUUAAAAUUUUAGAAAACAAUGUUCAUUAUGCGCCAAUAAAUUUAUGCUACAAGUCAAGUCUAUCUUGCUUUUCUUGCAAGGUCAAUGUUUUUCUUGUGCUUAUUAAUCCACUGAUAUAAAUUGGACAUGUCCAGCCUUGACAAUGGGUCUCUGACAAAGUUUGAAAAGUGCUUGUAAUGUCUUCCUGGAGUGCGGCAAAACACAGACUCUUCGAUAAGUGAAUUCACAACAGCUCUUAGAUCUUUUGAGUAGUCAGCUGAAACAUGCUUGCCUGACCUUUGCUUGACAAGAAUUUCUCUGUCCAUGCAAGAAAGCAUUUGUUUGGACUUUUGCUGUCCAUUUGAAAUUCUCCUUACUGCAUCCUCUGUAACAUUUGGCCCAAGAUUUUUGAUAGGUUGUUUUAGAUCAUUAUUGUCAUGUUCCAAGUCAAGAUCAAUAGCAACAUUUUUCCCUGGCCCCCCUUUGUUGUUAACUGUACGAUUCCAUACCAAGCUGUGGGCCUCAGCUGGGGGAAGGAGAGAAUAUACCUGCAAAAGCAGGUAAAGAGCUUCUAGUGCAUACUUUGUAGUAGAUUUGUCUUCUUUGAAAUGCAGCAGAAAGAACUUCCAGCAUCUAAUUGAUCUGUCACCAUCUCCCUCUGAUGUUGAAUCAAGAAAGUUCAAAAACAAGAGUCCUUGAGCUAACAGUGAGCAGUUAUAAUUAAAAACAUCAUCAUCAUCAUCUAAAUCACUCAAUGAACCUUUCUUGGGAUAAUUAGAGGAUAGCACAGGCUUUUCAGGGAUUACAGGGGGAGGAUCAUGGGUAAGUUCAUGGUCUCUCCUCCUUUUGCCAUCAUAUUUAAAUGAGUUAUUACAUCCUGGGCUUCGGCAGGGGAAUCUUCCAUCAGUAGUCAGCUCUUGAUUAUUAACAGCAUCAUUCUUUUCCUGUUCAGAAAGUAUUCCAUCUAAGAAGCUAUUUAGGGAGUGCUGAUCUAUAACAAAUUGAUCUACAAUUUGGCCAGACAGUUUCAUUAAGUAAUGUUUUUUCUCCUGGUCAUUACCACUUCUUGCAGCAACAGGUGAUAGAUUGUGUGUCGGCUGAUCACUGAUCUUUUUCAUGCCGAGCACCAACAUUGCUGCCGCAAUGAUACGUGCUUUUAUUUCAAGGAUGGCAAAUGCUUUGCAGUGCACCCAGUUGCUGUGCACAUCAGCUGUCACAUUCCGUCGGUUAAUCAAAUUGCGAUCAGCAAAAAGAGUCCCUUUGUCUGUGUCAGAAAUGGUUGAAUAGUGCCUCUUAAAAAAUACCUAGAACAAAGAAAAUUAAAUUUUGGUUGCAUUGCAUAUGUUGUAGUUAAUUUUUUAUCUCAGGUAAUUUUUCUUUUUCUUUUGUUUUUGGGUAUGGUAAUGUAUGCUAAUGGAAUUGAAACAAAAGAAAAAUCAAAUCUACCUGAGAUAAAAAAUUAACUACAACACAUACAAUGUACAUAACUCUGAUAAUCCAUUAAUUUUAAUUUGAUCAAGUUGUCCUUUCAUUGUCAUUACCUCUCAUGUUGUAUGCAUGUAUGAGUGUAUUAUUAUUAUUGGUAGUAGUAGUAGUUGCAGUGUUAGUAUCAAUAUUAUUAUUAUCAUUGCUAUAAUAAGUAUUCCUAUUGAUAAUGUUAUUGUUGGUAUUAGUAUUAUUGUUAGUAGACUGUAAUAUUGGCAAGAUUGUAGGCUCUUUUUUUGUAGACUGAUUCUCAGACACCUGAGGUUGAUCACUGCGUAGAGGGAGAGAAAGAAAGGGGCUGCAAUUGACGUUGGAUGUCUAAGAAUCAGGCUAAUUUUUAUGAGAUUUGACAGUAGAUAGACAAACUCCAGGACUUGGUUGUAUCUACGUGUAAAACUUUACUGCAUCCUCACAUUUCAUGUUUCCAUCUACUUCUGAAAAAGAUUAGGCGAUAAAAACGUUGAGUACAGAUUUUUUUUUUGUAUUAUUGACCAUAAUGGUAUGAAAUCUUCUGAAGAUGGUUUGAACUUUCUGCCCCUGGAAGUGAAAACUUAAUGAGGUGCGGACAGCAUUUUCAAAGACAUGUACAAGUUAAGCUUUAAGAAAUACUGCAUUUCCUUACGUUCAAGAAAGUAACAGCAGUAUGCCAGUCAGCAAUUUCCAUGUGGAUGCCCUCUAAUUUUUCUUCUGGAGUGUAAGAAUUCUGGACAGCCUGAAUGACAUUCACACCACGUUCAACAGUGAGCUGGUCCCCAACAAUGGGAAUGCUUCUACGCAAAGUUUGGUCAGCAUUUUCCAAGUUUGGGGAGUAACUUCUUAUUUGUUUUAGGAUGUCAAGCAUUUCCUCUGAUUUAUUUUCACUUUUAAAAAUAACACCCAAAAGAACCUUGUGGAAAUAAAAAUAAGAAUAAGAUUACAUUUUAAAAAUUCUUGCAAUUAUUCCAUCUUUUUUGUUGAUUACUCAAGGCUUAUGGAUAAUUACCUUCUCAGUUUUCUUUGCCAUUUCUUUGCUGAAUUGAUGUGGUAUAUGCUUUACACAAACAGAUUGUAGAAACUCCAAACAGGGAUGAUGCUCAACAAGUACACGCGAAACCAGAUAGGUAAAAUCCCUUCUCAACAUUUCGUGAUCAGCUGCACUUGGAAGAAGCUGGCAAUUAUCUAGCUGUGAUAACUCUAGCUGCCCCCUCUUCCUGCUUCCAAGUGUAACACGGUUUUUAAUAGCAGAAUGGUUAACUCAAUGAAUGUCUUUGUUUUCUCGAUCAGAAGUCAUGUCACGGGUUGCGAUUCUGAGAUCAAUAUUGUCAAGCACAAUUUUGAAAGUGCCAUCCGUGUGUUCAUGUUUAAAUUCCUCUGGAUUGGAAAUCACUUUAGCGUGAAGGUGUUGCAGUUCUUUAAGUUUUUCAUCAAACUUAUUGCCAUAGGAGUCAAGUUUCUUCAAAGAGGUCUGACUUGAUACUGAGAGCUUCAUUGAGUUUAAUCGCUGAACCAGCUUCUACAGGACAUAAACAAUGCAAAAAAAUUCAUAUUUAAAACUAAAACCUGUAUAUACAUAUUAUGACGUUGUUCUAUUUCCAUGUGGCUGUAAUUUUUUUUUCAAACCAGUUUGAUUUCAUUUCCUUUAUUUCAAAAUGAGACAAAAAAGGCAAAAGUAAAUUGGUUUGAACAACAUUUAAACCACACUAAUGGUAAAUAACAGAUAUAUUUGGCUCUGAUAAAUGAAACCAUGUGAGGUAUCAGGAAAAUUUUCUACUAGUUUGUUAGUUAAUAAUACAUCAUAGAAAUAAGGCAACUAUGGCAAUUCUCCAGGUCACUGCAUGGCAUGACAACUGCGAUGCAGCCUUGAUAAGCUACUUUGGCUAUUAGGAAGAUUAUUUUUUACUUAUAACAUCAAUGAUAGCCUCUGAUUGUCUGGAAUUGGAUGUAUAAAAAAAAAAAACAAAGUUACAUUAAUUUCAUAUGCAAACCUGUGUUGCACUUUGCCUGACCAUGAGAGAUAAGUGAUGCUGUUGCAUUCAUGUGCAUAUUGCGAUUCUUUAAAAGGGUGGACCCAGCUACUGCCAUGGCAGGUGUCCAGUCACAACCUUUCUCCUUGACUGUUGCACAUGUUGUGAGAAAGGAGUAAAAAAGGGGUGCUCUCUGUUUCCAUUCUUCACAGAGUUUUUGAAAAGAAAAGUUCUCCAUUUCAUCUGGUCCACUCUUGCGAAGCACAGAUGGCUUUUUUCUGGAACAUAGGUCAUUGCAUUCUUUGCCCAGGGCUUGUAAGGUUUUCUUUAUUAGGAAGGUUUUUAGUGAAGAGCAACGAAAUGCAGCAUCUGCAAUCUGUUUAUAAGUACCUCGUCUUGCUAAGGCUUUUCCUAGGGUCUGAAGAUCUGCACCCAAGGUUGCCUUGAAUUCCCUUGCACAUCCUGGAUAGUUCAAGGUGACCUUGAUAUGAAAAGUAUUUGUUGAACAUGAGCACUCUGUACAAAACUGUUUUGUGUUUUACAAACUCAUUAUGUACUCACACUUGACAAAAAACAAUUAGCUUAAAAUAUAAUACUUAAGGAGCAGCAUUUCAUAUCCACUUUAUGUCAAAAUAUAAAAAUGUUCAAACCAUUAUUUUAUAAAUUCCUUUUCAAGCAAUGAACCAUUAUCGAAUGGAGUAAAACACGCAUGUUAGAACCUACUGCUGGCAGAAAUUAGCCAUUUUAAUGAUCAACAAUAUAAAAACUUGUUUAUCCAAGCUAUAUCAAGUAGGUUCUUUGGUUACCAUUAAUAAGCAAUAAUAAAUAAUCAAGUCACAAAAGUUUGACUUUGAGAUUAGAAAUUUAUAUUACGAGAAAGUACUGUGCCAAACUGAAAAUACAAAUUAAAGUAUUACUGUAAUUUCUACAACCAAAAGAGAAAUUUCCACACCUGCACACAAGGGUCUUUAUCUAAGUUAGUUUUGGGCACUGUUUCCCUAUUUGCUGCACCGCGUUUGUCCGGUAGUAGCUGCUGGGAUGUGCUAAGUUGACUUGCUGGUAAGAAGAAAUUCCUCCCGAUGUUUACACAAGCUGGAAAUGCUCGCACCACCACGGGAACACUUGAAUGCCUUACUGCUGUAUAUCCAACCAUCGAAACUGUGGGAGGUGGCCCUGUUAGACUUUUAACCGCCGUUAGUGGCGACGGAAAUCUCGUUUGAUGUUGAGGUAGAUUUGAAGGUGCAAAUAGAGCUUUCUUCACUGGCUUUGCUUCCAGCGUUCUCGCGACAGGUAAGUCCUGAGCUUGAUCUUGACUCAAUCCCCGCUUUAUGCGAACCACGGUAUUUUUAGACAUUUCUGCCCUCAACUCGUCUUCGAGACUUUUGAGAUUCGACAUCAUCUUUUCGAUCUUUUUCAACUUUGGGUAACAUUUUCUUUUGCAAACGUAUUGCAAGUCCUCGUUCGAAGACUGUAAUUCACCGCCUAAAAUCUUGCAAAGAGUCCCUCGCAAAUCCCACUGCGAGCGCCCAAAAACCGCUAUUCUGUCGCUUGUUUCAAGAACUUCAGUGCAGAUCAAGCACUUAAUCAAGUUCGUCUGGGAUAAGACGGCUUUUUUCGGCGUAGAAGUUAGAAACAUAGCUAAGAAAUCUUCGCUUUCCAAAAAUCUGAUCGAGGAAAAACCCGCGGAAAAUUGAUUUGUUUACUUUUCCAUGCUUCAUUUCUCACACGUGUUGUGACUGGCUUUUCAUAUACAAAAGGGGCUCUGACGUCACGAACACGACUUCGCACAGAGUAUAUCAGACGGGAGAGGGAGGGAAGCGAAAGGGACCGCGAACAACCUCGGACGUCUGAGAAUCAGGCUAUCUUGAAACUAGAGUAACUUGUCAGUUCUGUAAGAUUAUGGGGAAGGGAGUUCCAUAGAUGGAGGAUUGUGAACUGUUUAAUGUUUGUUCUACAGAAAUAAGGUCGGUAGUUAUUAGCAUUUCGAGUAUUAUAGGUGUGUACUUGGCGAUUAGUAACAAAUGUUGUGUUAAACGUACGAGGAAGGAGGUUAUUAUGAUGUGAGUACAUAAAACAUGCAACAAAGAACGCAUUAAAGUUAAAAAUGUCAAGGAAUUUAAUAGUCCGAAAAAGAGGUCCAGUAUGGGCAAGAUAUUCAGCUCCACAAAUGAUUCUGACGAUGCGUUUAUGUAGGUAGAGAAUCCUAUUCAAAUUGGGUGGAUACGUUGAGCACCAUGCAAUGUUACAAUAGUAAUGUUAUGGGUAAACCAAUGUAUAGCAUAAGGAUGAGAACGGUUCUCCGGUUGAGAACAUACUGAAGUAAACUGGACAAGCUGUGUCCUGUUUGUCAAAUAGCUAGAGACCCAAUUAAAAGAAUGCCCACUAAUACCGUAGUGAUCGAGCUUAUUGAGCAAAAUAUGAUGAUCAGUAGUGUCAAAAGCUUUUGAAAUGUCCACGAAAACUCCAGCAGUCGACUCUGUUAUCCAUGGCAGAGACAAUAUUAUUAACCAACUGAAUCAAUGCCAUACAUGUAGAAUGAUUUCUACAAAAUCCAAAUCCGAUUCAUGCAGAUAUGAUUGGAUAGUGAAACAAUGUCAACAGAGCUGCAACUGUCCACAACUGAUUAAUAGAUCCAUGCAGAGACAGUGGAAUUGUUCUGCCUAAAAGUCGAAACUUUUUCACCUUAUUGAUAAAACGUUUCACAUGUAUUCUGUUGGCGGCUAUUUUCUGGUUAAUAACAGUUUCCUUAGCUUCAAAUUGAUUCCUGGAUAGAAGAAAAAUUGGCAAGUUAAGCCUCACCCCAAUUUUGUCAGUAACAUCUCUUAUGUUAAAUCCUUUAUCCGUCAUUAUUUCAUCACCAUCAUCAAACAUGUUUGGGUGAAGAAGACCACUUCUUUCCACUAUCUCUCGGUCAGAUAAACACCCAUAAUAAAGCUGGGAAACAAGAGACACUUCUAGCAGGAGUAAUUCCUACAACGGCAUAAUAGGUCUCCCUAACCAUAUAGUCAGAAUACAUGUUCCCUUUUAGUUCUACUGAUGUGGGAGCUUCACAGUAGAACUCAGAAGUCGGAAUUAUGCAAAGCGUCUAUCACCACUUUUUAAUUUAUUUAUCAUGUAUGGAUCAGGACUAGCUGUAUUCUUACGACAUGCAUAAUCAACAUACCGUAAAAUUCCGAAAAUAAGCCCCGAGGCUUAUAUUUUUCAAAGGCCCUUUUUGAGGGGCUUAUAUUCCGAGAAGAAAUUUGUGUUUCAAAAUCGAUUGGACUAGCCUUAUAGUUAAAAGGAAAUUGACCGCUUUUGCUUUAUUUUAGUUUGUAUUUGAGGGCAAUUUCCAAAUACAAGCCCUCGGGGGGCUCAUAUUCGGAGGGGCGAUUUAACGGAGGGUUUUUUGCAUUACGAGGGGGGCUUAUAUUUGGAGGGGCUUAUUUUAGGAAUUUUACGGUAGUUGUCAUUUUUUUGCUAAAAUUUUUACCUAAUUAAAGAAAUAUUUCUGUCCAGGCCUUAUCGCGUUAAAUUUAAUUGCUAUGUAUUACAACUAUAUGCAAUGAGUACAAAACAAAUUAUCUGCAAGGUCUGUCUAUGAAAUCUCAUCAUAAGUGUUGUCCUUCAGCAUGAUUAAAAAUAAAACUAUCAUUCUUUUGAGGGCGUUAAACUUCUUGUUAGCAAAUGGAUAAAUAGAUCCAAGCUUUCACCAAUUGACAGUGUUCAUUGGUGAAAGUUUGGAUCUCAAUUUUGUUUUUUAAACAGUAGGGCCACACUAUAAAUGAUUUUUUUCCUUCUGCUCAUGUGGUUUGGGUAAAAACUAUCUAUGUGAUAGCAAACGAUAGUAUACAUUGUGUUCAACAGGAUUCAUUAGCAAGGCUGAGUACUCUGAGGAUUACAACUAGCCAUACCUACCUGUGA